CAUCACUCAGUUGAGACCACAGGAAUCUUCUUGUACCAACAUGGCCUGGCUUUUUCUAAAGGUUUUGUUUGUUGGCGUGACUUUCUCUGGACUUCUCUACCCUCUCAUGGAUUUCUCUAUCAGUGGGAAGACAGGAGUCCCCAAACCAAACAUUGUCAUCAUUUUGGCUGAUGAUAUGGGAUGGGGUGAUCUCGGAGCAAACUGGGCAGAAACAACGGACACCACUAAUCUGGACAAGAUGGCUUCGGAAGGAAUGAGGUUUGUAGACUUCCAUGCAGCCGCUUCCACCUGCUCCCCGUCCCGAGCGUCCCUGCUUACUGGCCGCCUGGGUCUGCGGAACGGAGUCACACACAACUUUGCAGUCACCUCUGUAGGAGGGCUUCCACUCAACGAGACCACCUUGGCAGAGGUGCUGCAACAGGCUGGCUAUGUCACAGCCAUGAUAGGCAAAUGGCAUCUUGGGCACCAUGGCUCUUAUCACCCCAAUUUCCGUGGGUUUGAUUACUACUUUGGGAUCCCAUAUAGCAACGAUAUGGGCUGCACGGAUACUCCUGGCUACAACUACCCUCCCUGUCCAGCAUGUCCCCAGAGCGAUGGCCUAGGGAGGAAUCCUGAGAGGGACUGUUACACAGACAUAGCUCUUCCUCUCUAUGAAAACCUCAACAUCGUGGCGCAGCCUGUAAACCUAAGUAGCCUUGCCCAGAGGUAUGCAGAAAAGGCAGUGGAGUUCAUUGGUCAGGCCAGCACCAGUGGAAGACCCUUCCUGCUCUAUGUCGGCCUGGCCCACAUGCAUGUGCCUUUGUCUGUGACUCCACCAUUGGAAAACCCUUGGAACCGAAGUCUGUACCGUGCAAGUCUCCGCGAGAUGGACAGUCUGGUAGGGCAGAUCAAGGAUAAAGUGGACUGCACGGCGAAAGAAAACACACUCCUCUGGUUUACAGGGGACAACGGCCCAUGGGCUCAGAAGUGUGAGCUGUCGGGCAGCACGGGUUCCUUCCUUGGAUUGUGGCAAACCCAUCAAGGGGGAAGUCCAGCCAAGCAGACCACCUGGGAAGGUGGACAUCGUGUCCCAGCACUGGCUUACUGGCCUGGCAGAGUUCCAGCCAAUGUCACUAGCACUGCCUUGUUAAGCAUGCUAGACAUCUUCCCCACGGCAAUAGCCCUGGCAGGAGCCAGCUUGCCCCCAGACAGGAGCUUCGAUGGACUGGAUGCCUCUGAUGUGCUCUUUGGCAGGUCACAGACAGGGCAUAGGGUACUGUUCCACCCCAACAGCGGGGCUGCCGGAGAGUACGGCAUGCUGCAGACUGUCCGCCUGGACCGUCACAAGGCCUUCUACAUUACUGGCGGGGCCAAGGCUUGUGAUGGGAGCACCGGUCCUGAGCAGCACCAUGCUUUUCCUCUCAUUUUCAACCUAGAAGAUGAUGAUGCUGAAGCAGUCCCACUACCGAGAGGAAGCCCAGAGUACCAGGCGGUGCUGCCAGAGAUCACCAGGGUUCUCACAGAUGUCCUUCGAGACAUUGCCGAUGACAACAGCUCCCGAGCAGACUAUGCUCAGGACCCUUCAGUGACUCCCUGCUGUAACCUCUACCAAAUUGCCUGCCGUUGCCAAGUGGUGUGACUGGCCACGAUUUCUCCCCGUGAGAAAGACCAUCUGGAAAUUAUAGACAGGUAGGUUCACUUCCAAACUUCAGUCUGGCCAUGGAAAGGAAGUUGCAGAGCAUGGCUCGGAUGCUACAGCGUUACCUCUCUCUGUGUAGACCUCAGCCUCCUCUGCACGAAGGUGUGAGAAGCUCUGAGUGCUGGUACAGUGCACACGGGACGAAUAAGCACUAGUGGGUUAUGGAGUCAUGGCCCAGGUCCAAGCCCUUGGUUUUAAGCUUGGGCACUGACUUAAAUCUCAAUUGCAAGUUGAUUUUGAAGGCUAACG